GAUUUCCUCCCUUCACGCCUCGAAUCCUCGUCUCGCUGUAUCAUGGGGGUGCUCGCGCUGGAGCGGCAGCGGCGGCGCCAGACCCGUGAUGGAUCAAUUCCUUUGUUGGGGAAAAGAGGAUGCUCAUCCUCGCAACAAGAUGAUGAUUCAGAAGGUGGAGAAAAAGUGAAAUACUCUGGGUUGGAUCUUCCAGAGGACAUUUGGCGUCAUAUAUACUCACUAGUGCCAAUGCAAGAUGCUGCUCGUGCUGCCUGUGUGUCUCGCUCCUUUCAACAUUAUUGGAGGUGCUACCCCAACCUCACAUUCAGUAACUCCAUUUUAGGCUGGGACAGAGAUGGACCUGGAAAGGAUGAGAUGUGCGUGGAAAAUGAGUUUGCCAGCAAAGUUAACAAAGUUAUGACAAACCACUCCGGCAUUGGCUUGAAGAGUAUCAAGCUCGAAUUCUCUGGCCACAAGUCCAGCGAUUGUUGUUUUCUAGAUAGCUGGCUUCGGGUUGCUCUUACACCGGCGAUUGAAAAACUCCGCCUUCAGCUGUCCUCAGAUGAGACAACAUACAGCUUCCCAUGCUCACUUUUGUCUGAUCAGUGUGGGAACUCGAUUCGGUAUCUACAUCUUGCGGGCUGCUUCUUCCGUCCUGCUGUCAGACUCAGUUGCUUCAGAAGCAUGACGAUUCUGCACUUGUAUGUUAUGUGUAUCAGUGAGGAUGAGUUAUGGUGCCUUCUUUCCAGUUGUUCUGCUUUGGAGCAGUUUGGAUUUGGGAAUAACAAUGAGAUAACUUGCCUGAAGAUACCUUGUGUGCUGCAGCGGCUCAGAGACCUGCGGGUUGUCGGAUGCGACAAAUUACGAGCGAUAGAGAGCAAAGCUCCAAACCUCUUCAGUUUUACCUUUCUUGGUGAACGAGUACAACUCUCACUUGGAGAGUCGUUGCAGUUGAAGAAGCUAACAAUGUCAUAUUCAUUUGCCCUGGACGAUGCUCGUGACACCCUUCCGUCUACUAUGCCAAAUCUGGAAAGUCUUGAGAUAAUUUCCUAUCUGGAGACUAAUACCCGCAUUAUGCGGCGCCAAUUCCUCUGCCUCAAGUACCUGUGGGUUGCUGUUAGUGGAUACACGUAUCCUCAUACCAAUGAUUAUAUUUCCUUUGUUCCUUUUCUGGCUGCUUGUCCUUGCUUGGAGACUUUUGUGUUGCAAGUACCGGCACCCAAGGAGCAUGAGUCGAUUUUCAGAGAUCCCUCGGAUCUGAGACGGAUGCCAGGACAUCGCCAUGCAAAGCUGAAGAGUGUGGAUAUCAUUGGCUUUAACUCUGCAAAGAGCUUGAUCGAGCUAAUGGUUCAUAUCAUGGAGACUUCAGGGUCACUAGAGUCCCUUACACUGGACACCGUUGGUUUUGUUCUUAGAUGCUCUGAGAACGACAUUGACAAAUGCUUUACCAUGCGUGAGAGUGCACACUCACGCAUGGAAGUCCCUCUAGCGCUCUCGGCUAUAGAAAAGUACAUCCAAUGCAAGAUCCCCUCCACGGUUAAGUUAGAUGUUCUUGAGCCUUGUGGCCGAUGCCAUGCUUCUUGAGCUUUAGAUGUUAAGUUCUGAUUAAUUAUCAUGACGUUUAUAGUAUAAUUUUAGAUGCGAUGGUGUUCGGGACUGUGCUUGUAAGCACGGGUGUGUAGUUUGCUUGUAUAUCAAUUGUUAACUCAUCCAGCUUGAGAUGCCAUACCCUUGUUCUUAUAAUAUCAUGUGCCAGUUUGUUAUUGAAGUUGGAACAAGCUAGUGAAUCACAUACAGUUUCAUAAACCUGAUAUGAAAUCUUAGCUGAUGCUACCUUGUUA